AGCAACUCAUCGGGUCUGGUUCUGGACAGGUGACGACGGAAUAAUUUAUAAAGCUUGUGUUUGGCGUAUGUUUACGUUGAUAAACAGCCUGCGCAUAUGUACGAGUUAACCCCAAGCCCAAUAUAGCUUUAAUAUUUGCUUUUUGGCAACGAUCAGGUGAUUCGAAGAGGCGUCUGUGGCGGCAGCAAUAUGUCCAAGGCAUCCCAUCCUUACUUUGUGGGCGUUGAUGUGGGCACGGGCAGUGCGAGAGCGGCCCUGGUGGCAUCCGAUGGGCGGGUCCUGGAGCAGGCAGUGCAGGAGAUCCAAACAUGGACACCGGAACCGCAUUACUACGAGCAAUCCUCGGAAGAUAUUUGGCGAGCCAUCUGUCAGGUUGUGAAGCAUGUCAUUGCCGGCGUCAAUAAGUCACAAGUCAAGGGCAUUGGCUUCGAUGCCACUUGCUCCCUGGUGGUUCUGGGCCCCCAAGGAGCUCCCCUGACGGUGAGCAAGUCUGGCGAGGCGGAGAGGAAUAUAAUCCUCUGGAUGGAUCAUCGAGCUGAGGAGGAGACGGCCAAGAUAAACGCCACCAAGCAUCCGCUCUUAAAAUACGUCGGUGGUCAGGUUUCGCUGGAGAUGGAGGUUCCAAAACUGCUGUGGCUCAAAAGGAACCUCUCCAAGACCUUCACCAAUAUUUGGCGGGUAUUUGAUCUGCCGGACUUUCUUACCUGGCGGGCCACCGAUGUGGAUACCCGAUCGCUCUGCUCCGUGGUCUGCAAAUGGAACUACGAUGCAGCGAAUAAUAGUUGGAACAAGGAGUUCCUCAAGCAGGCGGACCUGGAGGAGUUGACGCUGAAGAACUUCGAGAAGCUGGGCAGCGAUGUCCAGCCGCCGGGCAGAAAAGUGGGCAAGGGUUUGUCCGCUAAGGCUGCCGCGGAAUUGGGCCUUGCGCCGGGUACUGUGGUGAGCACAUCUCUGAUUGAUGCCCAUGCAGGCGCCCUGGGCAUGUUUGGUUGUCGGGCCAAGGGCUCCCAGGAUGAAAAGGAUGAUGUACAGGGUAAGAUGGCACUGAUAGCUGGCACUUCCACCUGUCACAUGAGCAUCACGCGGGAUGCUUGCUUUGCCCAGGGCGUGUGGGGUCCCUAUCAGGAUGCCAUUAUACCCGGUUACUACCUGAACGAGGGAGGUCAGAGCAUUGCAGGACAUCUCCUAGAUCAUGUUCUCAAAACCCAUGAAGCCUACGCUGAACUCAAGACCAAACUGGGAGCAGAUAAGAAUAUUUAUCAGCAUCUCAACAAUUUACUGCCAGAACUGGCCGCUGCCCGGGGCAUCAGUGAGGUUAGCUGUCUCACCCAGGAUGUCCAUGUCUGGCCGGAUUUGCAUGGAAAUCGUUCGCCCAUUGCUGAUCCCACGCUUCGAGGAAUUAUCACUGGCCUGGAUAUGACGCGAGGAAUUGAAUCUCUGGCCAUUAAAUACUUGUCCUUUGUGCAAGCCUUAGCUUACGGAACUCGUCAUAUUAUAGAGAAUUUGUAUCAGCACAAGCGGGCUCCCUUCCAGACUCUCCUCUUCUGUGGCGGACUGGCCAAGAAUCCCUUGUAUGUUCAGUGCCAUGCCGAUAUUUGCAAUCUGCCUGCCUUGAUACCCGAUGAACAGGAAAUGGUCCUAGUGGGUGCAGCUGCCUUGGGUGCCGCUGCCUCUGGACAUUUCAACAGCUUAGAGAGUGCCUCCAAGGCCAUGGGUGGUAGUGGCCAGCUUCUGAAGCCAAACCCAAAAACCCUGGAAUUUCACAAUCGGAAAUACAAGGUGUUUUUAAAGCUUCUAGAGAACCAACGCCAAUACCGGCUCAUUAUGCAGGGAGAACAACUUUAAAAGUUAGUUAGGACUUUCACUUUAAAUAAUUUGAUUUAAAUAAAUGCCGUACACGAGAGCAUUGUAAACAAAAAAUAAAAGACUUGGCGGCGCUCAGGUACAAACGGUGA